GCGGCGAAAUGAAGUUCUUCAUUUGGAUUUCAUUCUUAUUGGUCUGUAAAGGGUCCAACGAAGAGGAUGGAAACAUAAUAGCCGAGAUGUGCUUCAAGCCAAAUUCUGGACCUCCUUGCCAGAAGCUAAAAACAUAUUUUUGGGACAAGGUAAAGAAUCGAUGCGUGCUCUCUGGGUAUUUAAUGGAGCCUUGUGGAUUCUUUAACACAAUGGACAUGUGCGAUAAAAUAUGCACCAAAGAAGCGUGGACACUAUCUCAUUUGGAAGUAUAUGUACGAAAGUUGCCUUAAAAUAUACUUGUUUUUUAGCUGCCAAUUCCUACA